AUGCAUCGCCUACAGAUGCCAGAGGAGGGCCUCAGACAGUGGAUGGAGGGGACUCAUGACUCUGGACCCCACAGCCCUGAGGUCCUGGCUAAAGUCAAAGGCAUGGGCACACUUCAGAUCCGAGGAGCAACUAAAUCCAAUCUGAUCAGCCAGGCCAUUCCCAUCUACGGAUUUGGAAUCCUACUCUACAUCCUCUUCAAGGAGUCCAGUGCAUCCAGUACAUUACAAGCAGAUGAUGAGCUGACCCAGCUUCAGGAGAAGCUGCUGGAGACAGAGAGGGUGAUGGAGAGGAUCGUCUCCAGAAGGAGCAGCACUCCUGACAGCAGGACUAGCAGCAAGGUUAGAAGAGCAUCCAAGCAGGAGGAGAGGUUAAUGCGGAAGCAGAGUAAGAUCAGCCGGGUGAUGCAGGAGGUACGACUGAUGGAGGUGGCCACACCUGAGAUGGAGGCUGAGAUGGUGCCCUACGCUGCUGACUGGGAGGGCUACCAUGAGGAGACCUACCCCCAGUAUGAGGAGCCCGGAGGCAGGCGCAGCAGCAGUUAUGACCCCAUCACCAUCCUGGAGGAGCCUGCUGCUGACUCAGAUACCCACUGCUGA